AUGGCAGGUGAUGUUGAUUCCAGAAAGUCCAUUUCAGGAUUUCUGAUGACUUUUCCAGGGGGAGCCGUGUCGUGGCAGUUUAAGCUGCAAAAGUGUGUUGCGUUGUCUACCACAGAAGCCGAAUAUAUUGCGAUUAAAGAAGGUUGUAAAGAGUCUUUGUGGAUGAGGAGAUUCUUAGAGGAAUUGGGCUUUCACCAGGAGAAAUAUAUUGUGUUCAGUGAUAGCCAAAGCGAUAUCCACCUCUCCAAGAACUCGUCAUUUCAUUCGAGGUCCAAGCACAUUGAAGUGAGGUAUCACUGGAUUCGAAACGUUCUCAAAUCAAAACAAUUGCACUUAGCGAAAGUGCACACGAGUGAGAAUGGUGCAGACAUGAUGACGAAGACUUUGCCGAAAGAGAAGCUUGAAGUCGCCGUCGAGUCGCUGAAGAUAAAGCACAUAAUUGAAAACGAACCCGCCGGCAACGUCAUCUCGCUGCCCAAUGUCUCGUCAGAGGUGCUGACGAGGGUAAUUGAGUACUGCAGGCGUCACGCGUUCGGGGAGUACGAUGACACGUUGAAGGAUUACGAUGCCGAGUUCGUGAAGGCUGCCAACUGCUUGAACAUCCCAGGGAUGCUCGAUAUCACGUGCCAAGCUGCUGCCGACAUGCUCAAGGGAAAGACACCCGAGGAAGUCCGCGCUAUUUACAACAUCACUAACGACCUCACCCCGGAGGAGGAAGAGAAAAUUCGCAAGGAGUACUGGUGGGCCUUCGGGCAGCUGUAG